UUUUAACCAGCUUCUCUAUUACCUGCUACUACUAUACGAUUACGGGUAUUGAAUACAAGAUUGUCUUCCCAGCAUGGCAGAAGGCAUCGAGCUCAAACCCCUGGGUGCAUCAGCCCCUCCGCUCCCCCCGCGACACGCCGAUCCGCCCGCCGGCUCCCUCGGCAAAGCGUACAGGUCCGCAGAGGAAAAGGCAAAGGCAAUCAUACAUCUCCAGCAGGACGCCGGGCUGGACGCCAUCUCUGUAUGGGCCCUCGUCCUCUCUUCAUGGUUCGCCAUACUCGCUGUACCACUUCUCUUAUUCCCCCGCAUCCUCAUUUUCUUCUCCCAGACGCCUCCGCCUACUGUUCCCUUUUCAUCCUCUUCCGUCGCCAAUGCUGCAGCUGCAGCUCGCGAGAAUCAUUAUGACAGUCUCACCCCUCUCGAGUACACUCUCUGCCUAUCUUUGUCCCUUGGCCUCAUAGCCAUGUCCCUCGUGUCUCUCUUCAUCUUGGUCCCGACAUACACCCCGCCUUCUACUAAUCCAUCUCGCACUCCUCUUUUGGGUGUUUUGGUGGGAUUGACUACCAUCUCUGGAGCAGUGCUUUGGAAUGCAGGUGGAUUAGGUGGAUUAGGCGUUUUCGUUGGAGGGGGAAAUGUCUUUGUAGCCGUCUGGGGAUGGUGGGUUAUUGUAUUUGGAGGCGGGAGGGGCAGGAUAACGAAAAAGCAACAUAAACAUAAUACGCCAGAAAGACUGAGAAAGCUGUGAUCAUCCUGAUUCAUUAUUGGAGGGGAUGAAAUGGAAGCUGUGUACUGUAUCGAUGUCGUUAGAGGAUAGCUAUGCAUUUGUAUUAUUAUCCAGGACACUCUAUUGGGAGGACGGUUUGAUAGAACUCGUACUGUCUUACGUUAAUGCUAC